CACAAAAUAAAUAAUCAUUCAUUCAUUCACCCGUGCUAUGCUUUAUUUCUGUCAAUUGUUCAUCCGUGAGUCAUUGUCUAAUAAUGUCUAUAUCUUCUUCCCUUUCCCUUGCACACAAAUUCUUUGUUUCUUGCUAAUAUAUAUAAACUUGUUUUCUACUGCACUGCUUUGUUUUCUACUGCACUACCUAUAUAUAUAUAUAUAUAUACAUAGAUUCUCUAAUUCACAUGUCUAUAUCUUGUUUUCAUUCCCUAUUCUCUUAGCUUUACUCAAUUUUGUGGCAUAUCUUACUUAUUUCUUUUAAUUAUCAACUCCAAACCAAACUCUUCAACUUUUACUUAUUUUUUUGGUUUUUUCUCUUUUUCUUUGCUUACAAUUCAAUUCUUUUCUGUUAUAAAUUUCCUUUCAUUUUACCUCUACCUUAAUUCAGCUUGGUUCUCUGCUGACUGGUGACGAAAGAUGAAGGCUUUUGUGUGUUUGUUGAUGGUCCUUAUGGUGUGCGGUUGUGCUGCUGUUAUCAAAGAAUGCACAAACAGUCCGACUCAAUCGCAUACGCUUCGGUACGAGUUGUUGGCAUCAAAGAAUGGGACAUGGAAGAAAGAAGUGAUGUCUCAUUAUCAUUUGACACCAACUGAUGAAUCAGCUUGGGUAGACUUGCUUCCAAGGAAGUUCUUAUCAGAAGAACAAAAAAAUGAUUGGGCUGUUAUGUAUAGAAAAAUUAAGAAUAUGGGUGUUUUUAAGCCACCUGUUGGAUUUCUCAAAGAAGUGCCUCUUGAGGAUGUGAGGUUGCUGGAAGGUUCAAUUCAUGCUGUGGCACAGCAGACUAAUUUGGAGUAUCUGUUGAUGUUAGAUGUUGAUCGGUUGCUUUGGAGCUUCAGGAAGAUGGCUGGUUUACCGACUCCUGGUACGCCUUAUGGAGGAUGGGAGGCGACUAAUGUGGAACUCAGAGGACAUUUUGUUGGUGAGUUUAUAUAUUUCAUUCAUUACCUUUUUUAUGUUCUUUAUUUGUAUCAAUGUCUUUAUCUUUCUUCCAAAUGAAUUACUGGUUGCAAGGGAUUAAAAGGCAAUGAGAGUGUGAUCCGUGUAUAAGGGUAACUACGAAAAAUUCCGUGUAAUCCAUGUAUUCUAACUUGUAAUGAAUUGAACUUGUGGUAGUGUAGACACUAAGGACAUUACUCUUGGCAGCAAUUUUCAGCUUCUACAAAUCAUUUUUGAAGGCUAAUUUAUAAUUUAUGUGAAGGGCAUUACUUUAGUGCAUCAGCUCUAAUGUGGGCCAGCACAAAGAAUGAUAGCCUGAAGGGGAAAAUGACAGCUCUUGUUGCUGGUCUGUCCGCCUGUCAAGAGAAAAUUGGAGGAAUGAGGAAUGAGGAAUGUAAUAUCACAGUACACUGUAACUAGACACUAUCAAUCUCUGAAUGAGGAAACUGGAGGAAUGAAUGAUGUCCUUUACAGAUUAUAUAUCUUAACGGGGUAUUCAAAGCAUCUUUUGUUGGCACACCUUUUCGACAAGCCGUGCUUUUUAGGGUUGCUUGCAGUACAGGCUAAUGACAUAGCUGAUUUUCAUGCUAAUACACAUAUCCCAAUUGUUGUUGGAGCUCAAAUGCGGUAUGAAGUCACGGGUGAUCCGCUUUAUAAGGAAAUUGGGACGUUCUUUAUGGACCUUGUAAACUCUUCUCACAGUUAUGCAACUGGAGGGACAUCAGUCAGUGAAUUCUGGAGUAAUCCAAAGAGAAUAGCAGACAACCUAAAAUCAGUUGAGACUGAAGAAUCUUGCACAACAUAUAAUAUGUUGAAGGUUUCACGGCACCUGUUCAGAUGGACCAAGGAAGUCACUUAUGCAGAUUAUUACGAGCGCGCCUUAACGAAUGGUGUACUCGGCAUUCAAAGAGGAACAGAUCCUGGAGUGAUGAUUUAUAUGCUUCCUCUAGGUGUUGGGGUUUCCAAAGCUAUAACUUACCAUCACUGGGGAACACCAUUUGAUUCUUUCUGGUGCUGCUAUGGAACAGGAAUUGAAUCAUUCUCAAAGCUGGGAGAUUCUAUCUAUUUUGAGGAGGAAGGGAAUAGUCCUAGUCUAUACAUCAUUCAGUACAUAUCAAGUUCAUUUAAUUGGAAAUCUGGGAAAGUUUUGCUCACUCAGACAGUUGUUCCAGCUUCUUCGUCGGACCCGUACCUACGAGUUACGUUUACCUUCUCUCCUAAUGAGAAAACUGGUACUUUGUCAACGUUGAACUUUCGUCUACCAUCUUGGACUCACGCUGAUGGUGCAAAGGCGAUAUUGAAUGCUGAAACUUUAUCUCUUCCAGCUCCAGGGAAUUUCUUGUCAAUCACACGACAGUGGAGUGCCAGUGACAAGCUGACCCUUCAGUUUCCUAUUACCAUCAGAACAGAAGCCAUAAAAGAUGAAAGACCUGAAUAUGCAUCUGUUCAAGCAAUUCUUUACGGACCAUAUCUACUCGCCGGUCAUACCACUAGCAAUUGGGACAUUAAAGCCGGAACCGAUUGGAUUACUCCGAUUCCUUCCAGUUACAAUAGUCAACUAGUUUCAUUUUCACAAGACUUUCAAAAUUCAACUUUUGUUAUAACAAACUCAAACCAAUCACUCACAAUGCAAAACUUACCUGCACCUGGAACCGAUAUCGCUCGUUAUGCUACUUUUAGACUUAUCCCAAAAGAUGCUACCAAUAUAUUAGUGAUGAUAGAACCGUUCCAUCUUCCUGGAACGAUUAUAAGUCACCAAGAACCAAACCAACCUCUUACCGUUGUUGAUUCUUCCAAAGCCGGGCCUUCUUCUGUAUUUCUAGUGGUACCAGGAUUAGACGGACGAAAUCAAACAAUAUCUUUACAAUCACAAAGCAAUAAAGAUUGUUACAUGCAUAGCGAUAUGACCUCUGGUUCGGCAGUUAAGCUAAGCUGCAAGUCCAAUUCUGAAGCUAGUUUUAACCAAGCAACAAGCUUUGUUUCUGGGAAAGGAUUAAGGCAAUACAAUCCUAUCAGCUUUGUGGCUAAAGGUGCAAACCAGAAUUUUCUUUUAGAGCCAUUGUUCAACUUCAGGGAUGAGCAGUAUACAGUUUAUUUCAAAAUGGCGACACCCAUUAAUUUGCCUAGCAAUUCGGUAGCCAAGGCAUGAGACUCGAGCUUCCAUUAUUGGAUCAAAUCCAGCUACAAGUGUUUCAAGAUUGAUACAAACUUUGUAUUAUUCUGUUGAUUUGAAAUAUACAUUAUAGGUAAGUUUCGCCUACAAAAGUUCGAAUCAUGAAAAUUUUGUUGUAGAAAGAUUAGCGGAUGAAUUUAUAGUGGAUUGUAUAUG